UCGAGAGGGGGAGGGAGAGAGAGAGGGGAUGGGUGGGGAUCGCGAGGUGUGCGAGAGCUGCAUGGAGGGGGUGAUAACGGAGAUGGUGUCCGCAUACUCCUCCGUGAAGCCCGACCUCGCCGCUCGUCGAAUCGAGGCCAUCGGUUACCAGGUCGGCAACCAGCUCUGCGAGAGGUAUACUAUGGGGAGACCCCGGUUCACUGAUCAUCUAGAGGCGAUCAAAUUCUUAUGCAAAGAUUUUUGGUCCAAACUAUUCAAGAAGCAGAUUGAUAACCUAAAAACCAACAACCGUGGCACUUAUGUUCUGCAAGAUAACCGUUUUAGUUGGCUGAAACACAUACCAGCUGAUUUUUCUAUGGAAAACAUGGACUCACCAGCUUAUAGUCAUCAAUCUUCUAGCAAUGACAAAAUGAAUCAUGCCAUGAGCCUACAUCUCUAUUUCCCUUGUGGAAUCAUCAGAGGAGCGCUAUCAAGUGUUGGAAUUCCUUGUGCCGUUUCUGCUGAUGUAUCCAAUCUUCCGGCAUGUUCAUUUGUGGUCCGUGUCAAGGCAUAGACUUUUGCUUCAGAUGAGGUGAACUAGGGAAAUUGCGUCUGUGUUCAGAGUCUAGGAAGUUUGUCUUCCUUUUGCUGAAGCUUUAUGGUUCUUUCGAUCACGAGGCCAUCGGAUUAGCGUUCUCUCUUGAUUUGAGCCAUCCUUGUAGGGAAUAGAAACUUUGAAGUGCAUGUGAAUAUAUGUCGCAUGUAAGGUGACUUGACUGAGCCCUAGGCUGGUUAUGUCUUAUUUGUUUUGCCGAAAUAAUUAUGUGAUGAUAUCUUCAUUUUUGGUUAAUUUACCUCAUGUUUCCUGUUGUAGCUCUAGUACUUUUAUUGUGUAUUUUGAGCCUCUUUGUGCAUAUAAACUCAA